CUAGACUCAAAAGAACAAGUUUGCAGUUUUAAAUGACGCAUAAACUUAUAUGUGUAUAUGCAUAAUAAAAAAAGCUGACUUUUAAAAGCAAAACUAUAACUAUUGAAUUGAAGUAAAACACAUUGUGAUCGGUGUAUAAACAGCGUUCGACAAAAUUAGUGAAAGAAGAUUUUAUCAUAUUACGCCAUGUUCGCCGAUGUGGAAAAAGUAUUCCAGAUGUAUCACAGAAUUUCUACACAUGUCUAUAUUGAAAAUUUCUAAUCUACAUCGAAACAAUGCUCAAGAUUUUACUAAGAACAGUACGAGAUUCAUUUUAAAGUACAAACCUCGAUACAAGUAAAUUGAUUGCAUAUAUGCGGAACGAUAUAAACUGACGAUCUAUUUAAUUGUCAAUUAAUUGGCAAAAAUGUACACGUUCAAACCAUUUGUGUUCAUGAAACACGAAGCACAGAGCGUGGAACGUCCAAAGGGUAGAAGUGGACAUAGAAUAGUCUGUAAUGAUAAAAAUUUGUAUUCGUAUGGUGGCUUUAAUCCGUGUAUUCCCGACACUGAUCCUGACAUGAGAAAUGACCAAGUAUGGAUUGCUAGUAAACCACUUUUCAAGGAAGUAUGGAAGUUUAAUCUUGUUACGCAACAAUGGAAACGAUUACCGGGUCAAGAUAAUAUGCCCAAUGAACUUGCAUCUAAUGCAGUGGUUUUGAGGGGUAAUGCACUGAUGGUUUAUGGUGGAACUGGUGUGCCGUUUGGAGAAAGUUGCAGUAAUCAUCUUUAUGUGUGUAACGUCGACGAUGGUAAAAUGUAUACAGUUCCAGCAAAGGGAGAAUUACCUGAACCACAGUAUGGACAAGCUUUAAUUUGCCAUGGAUCAUAUUUGUACACUGUUGGUGGAACUACUGGAUACGAAUAUACUUGUGAUAUUCAUAGAUUUAAUCUUAGGACUGGUGUUUGGGAACCUGUUUAUAUAUGUUCUGGAAGAGAUCAAAGUGAACCUGCAGGACGAUAUAGACACGAGUUAGCAUUUGAUGGAAAACUUAUUUAUGUUUUGGGUGGAGGAACAGCUGCUGAAGCAUUUGGUUUUUCUGAAAUCCCUGCUUUUGAUUUAGAAACAAACAAAUGGAUAGUAUUAAAUACUUAUGGUGACAGUGAUAAUAACACGGUACCGGAACCUAGACGUUGCCAUGGUUCUGUUCAAUACACAGAUGAAAAAACAGGUGUUACCUCGGUAGUAAUAUCUGGAGGAUACAAUGGUGAUCAUGUCUUUUCUGAUGUUUGGAAAUUAGAUCUGAAUAUCUUACAAUGGACAUGUUUAAGAAAAUGUAUCCUUCCAUGCCCUGUAUAUUUCCAUUCUGCAGCUCUUACACCUGAAGGACGAAUGUAUACAUUUGGAGGAAUAAUUAGAGUGAAUAAUGAGAUUGCUAGGACAAAUGCAGUUCAUUCUGUUUGGUUGACCAUCCCUAAAUUGUCAGAAAUGUGUUGGCAAGCAGUUAUUUAUUACAAUCCAGACAUAAGGCAUAAGACACGCAAUGAAUUACUUUGCAUGGGAAUACCAUUAAAGUUUGUGCAAAGAAUCGAUUGGGUAAUUUCGGGAGAGACGCAUCAUGCGGACGCAUGCACCAUUUUUUGAACCUGUCACAUCAAACGAUUGGCAACGUUGAUCCAUCUAUCGGUGAUAUCAUUAUUGUCUAUAAAUAUCAUCUGGUUAAAAAAAAUGUCGAUUAUGUUUUCGUGCAAUAAAGGUAAAAGAACUUUUUCACUAUUUUGAAUUAUGUACGAAAUAUUUUCAUGCACAGUAAGUAAAUACUUCAUUACCUUGUUAUUGCGUGAUUUUGACUGUUAUUACUGGUUUAAAUAGUGACAUUAACUCCUUUUAAUAUAAUAACGUGUUCUGACAUUUUUUGUAUUUGCUAGUUUCUGUUAUGUACAGGUGCAUCUUUCUCUCAAUUUAAGGAUAGAUGCAUCACUUAGGAAAAAAGAUAAUUGUAUCUAAAAUUAUUUUAAUUAAAAGAGAGGCUAAUAUACAACAAUUUACUACUAAAAACUUUGAUGACUAUUGUACUUAAAAUUUGGAAGUUUAGAAAUCGUUUAGCUUUAGAAUGAGUUGGAUUCGUUGCCUAAUUUGCCUGAAAUGGGCCCAUAAAAUUUUUAUCAUCUAUCAUGUAUUCGAUAAUAUAUGUCGAAAGGAAGAAGAAAGAAUAGAAUUAAAAAGAAGAGAGUACAAAUGAAUACUAAGAACAAAUAAGUACAAUUUCGAAGCGUAGGGUGCAUCUAACCAUAGGACAUAGGGAGAGAUGCAUUUUUUCCAAAUUUUUUCAGAAAGCAUAUGACUAUGUCAAAACAACGUUUCUAUAGUCUCGUAUUAUAUUUUUCAAAGGGAUUAAAAUAAAUAAUUAAACUACAUUCACGUAUAUUUUCAGUUGCAUUUAUAACGUUAUAAGCAGUAAAUAAAAUGUGGUGCGUCUCUCCCGAAAUUACCUUAUAUGUGUGUUGAAUUGUGUAAGGUAUACAUACUUAAACGAUGUCUGUUUAUUUGUUAUUAAAAAAGAAAGAAUAAUCAGAUUGAAUUAAAAGGAUGAAUCCAUCUUGUGUAACAAAUCUUUUUUGCUUAAAAUAAACACACGGAAGAAAAUAUAAUGAUACUGCUUCUUCUUCGGCACAAAAAGGAACAAAGUGUAAUGCGCGAUAAAACGUUGCCUUUUUCUGCAUUCGUAACAAUUCUGAAUGCAGAACUUCAUAUCAAACGGACAACGUGUUUGCGUACGAUUUUUGGAGUACAAAAUAGCUUAAAAAAUGUACCUUAUUAAGUACGCGAUUUGCAGAAAACGUGCAAUACUUCUGCACGACGUUAUUGAAAGAUAGCAGAGGGAACAAACGUGGUAAUGAAAAGAAUAAGUCACAUGUACAUUGUGGUGCGAAAUGCAAUGGAAGUUUUGCCUUAAACUUAGAUAAACGAAAUUAUAUUCACAUUUGUACGAGAUACAUUAUAAUCAGUGUCGCCGCCAGAAUUUUUUGGUCAAGUACAUACAGUAGACUCUUGUUGUAUUGCCAUUUUUAUAUAGAUGUUUAAGCAUAAAAGUGGCGUUUCUUCUGCGGAAAAAAUGAUCGCGAAUGCUGACUGUAGAUUGUUAUGCAAGAGAUCAUUAUGCGUUGUAUUGCAACGUAUUAAAUUGUCGCGCAUUGUAUCGAUGUACACAAUAUUGCGACGCGUUAUACUGCCACCCGUCAGAAAACUUAUUAGCCAACCAAAUGUAUUGCCAAUUUCUAGAAUCUUCCGUUCACAAAACCCUUGUCAGUGGCAAUAUAACGAACGUCUACAGUGAAUCGACAUUUCUGCUCAUCUACGUUGAGUAAAAUUGACCAAAUUUUGCCAAAACGUAGGGUCCCUUAACCACGAGAUCUGGGACAAAUUUCCGUUUUCCCGACGCAAGCGGCGGAACUGAUUAUGGUUCUAAUUCUUUAGCGUCAUUCGAAUUAUUCUUAAGUAGGCACAAAAAGGAAAGGUUGUUUCUCUUCUCAUUGUUCAAUUCUCGGUGUUAAUUAUCCAAAUUUAAGAUGAUACACCAUAGGUGUAUCGUAACGAAAAAAGGUAGAUUGUAAAUAGGAAAUUGAAUAAAAUUAAACUGACACUCUUA